GGGAUGAGCUCUUAUUGGCAGCGUGGGCCCAGCACAGCCUCACUCCACAGUGCCCUACCUGCAGGACUGUGUGACUGGAACUCAUUCCCUUCUUUCCACACCUCCACUCUCUCCCUUCUUUCUCCACACUGACUGGAUAUCUAAGCAGUGAGGAUGGCAAGCACUUUCACUCGGAUGCUGUCCGGCCGUAACACGGCUGUACUCAUGGCCAGCCUCGGGGCAGGCACCCUGGGGGCUGGCUACCUGAUGAGCGAAUCAGGUGUUUCUGCUGCCGAGAAGAAGAAGCUCUAUCCUCCCAGCGCUGACUUCCCUGAUCUUCGUAAGCAUAACAACUGCAUGGCGUCUGCUCUGACCCCUGCCAUCUACGCUCGUCUGAGGGACAAGCUCACCCCAAAUGACUGGACACUUGACCAGUGCAUCCAGACUGGGGUGGAUAACCCUGGACACCCAUUCAUCAAGACCGUGGGCAUGGUGGCCGGCGACGAGGAGAGCUAUGAGGUGUUUGCUGAUCUCUUUAACCCAGUCAUCAAGGACAGACACAACGGCUACGACCCAACGACCAUGAGACACCCUACGGAUCUGGACAGCUCCAAGCUCACCUCUGGGAUGUUCGAUGAGCGCUAUGUGCUGUCAUCCCGUGUGCGUACAGGACGCAGCAUCCGUGGCCUGAGCCUGCCCCCAGCCUGCACACGCUCUGAGAGGCGUGAGGUAGAGCGUGUGGUGGUUCAGGCAUUGUCUGGCCUGAAAGGGGAUCUGGCCGGCAAAUACUACAGUCUGACUGAUAUGACAGAUAAGGAGCAGCAGCAACUUAUUGACGAUCACUUCCUGUUUGACAAGCCUGUCUCACCCCUGCUGACAUGUGCAGGGAUGGCUCGCGACUGGCCUGAUGCCAGAGGAAUCUGGCACAACAAUGAGAAAACAUUCUUGAUCUGGAUCAACGAGGAGGACCACACCCGCGUCAUCUCCAUGGAGAAGGGCGGCAAUAUGAAAAGGGUGUUUGAGAGGUUCUGCCGAGGACUGAAACAGGUGGAGGGUUUGAUUCAGGAGAGAGGCUGGGAGUUCAUGUGGAAUGAACAUCUGGGCUACAUCCUGACCUGCCCCUCCAACCUGGGCACCGGACUCAGGGCUGGUGUCCAUGUCCGUCUGCCACUUCUCAGCAAGGACCCACGCUUCUCUAAGAUUCUGGAUAACCUCAGGCUACAGAAGCGUGGAACAGGUGGUGUGGACACUGCUGCUGUAGGUGAUACCUUUGACAUCUCCAACCUCGACCGACUGGGCAAAUCUGAGGUUGAGCUUGUUCAGUGCGUGGUCGACGGUGUCAACUUUCUGAUUGAGUGUGAGAAGAGGCUGGAGAAGGGCCAGGACAUCAAAGUUCCAGCACCCAUCAUUCAGUUCAGGAAAUGAGCCGUUUCAUCUCAGAACGUCCAGCUGAGAGCCUGGCUGAUGAAACAUCCACAGGCCGUGCCCUCAGCAAUCUCCACUACUACUGCAGGUCUUACUGGAAAUCUAGACUCAAUAAACCCUUCUAAUAAAACUG